AUGUACGACAGAACGCGACAACAGGCGGGAUGGGGGGGGGGGGGGGGGGGGGGGGGGGGGGGGGGGGGGGGGGGGGGGGGGGGGGGGGGGGGGGGGGGGGGGGGGGGGGGGGGGGGGGGGGGGGGGGGGGGGGGGGGGGGGGGGGGGGGGGGGGGGGGGGGGGGGGGGGGGGGGGGGGGGGGGGGGGGGGGGGGGGGGGGGGGGGGGGGGGGGGGGGGGGGGGGGGGGGGGGGGGGGGGGGGGGGGGGGGGGGGGGGGGGGGGGGGGGGGGGGGGGGGGGGGGGGGGGGGGGGGGGGGGGGGGGGGGGGGGGGGGGGGGGGGGGGGGGGGGGGGGGGGGGAGGGGGGGGGGGGGGGGGGGGGGGGGGGGGGGGGGGGGGGGGGGGGGGGGGGGGGGGGGGGGGGGGGGGGGGGGGGGGAGGGGGGGGGGGGGGGGGGGGGGGGGGGGGGGGGGGGGGGGGGGGGGGGGGGGGGGGGGGGGGGGGGGGGGGGGGGGGGGGGAGGGGGCGGGGGGGGGGGGGGGGGGGGGGGGGGGGGGGGGGGGGGGGGGGGGGGGGGGGGGGGGGGGGGGGGGGGGGGGGGGGGGGGGGGGGGGGGGGGGGGGGGGGGGGGGGGGGGGGGGGGGGGGGGGGGGGGGGGGGGGGGGGGGGGGGGGGGGGGGGGGGGGGGGGGGGGGGGGGGGGGGGGGGGGGGGGGGGGGGGGGGGGGGGGGGGGGGGGGGGGGGGGGGGGGGGGGGGGGGGGGGGAGGGGGGGGGGGGGGGGGGGGGGGGGGGGGGGGGGGAGGGGGGGGGGGGGGGGGGGGGGGGGGGGGGGGGGGGGGGGGGGGGGGGGGGGGGGGGGGGAGGGGGGGGGGGGGGGGGGGGGGGGGGGGGGGGGGGGGGGGGGGGGGGGGGAGGGGGGGGGGGGGGGGGGGGGGGGGGGGGGGGGGGGGGGGGGGGGGGGGGAGGGGGGGGGGGGGGGGGGGGGGGGGGAGGGGGGGGGGGGGGGGGGGGGGGGGAGGGGGGGGGGGGGGGGGGGGGGGGGGGGGGGGGGGGGGGGAGGGGGGGGGGGGGAGGGGGGGGGGGGGGGGGGGGGGGGGGGGGGGGGGGGGGGGGGGGGGGGGGGGGGGGGGGGGGGGGGAGGGGGGGGGGGGGGGGGGGGGGGGGGGGGGGGGGGGGAGGGGGGGGGGGGGGGGGGGGGGGGGGGGGGGGGGGGGAGGGGGGGGGGGGGGGGGGGGGGGGGGGGGGGAGGGGGGGGGGGGGGGGGGGGGGGGGGGGGGGGAGGGGGGGGGGGGGGGGGGGGGGGGGGAGGGGGGGGGGGGGGGGGGGGGGGGGGGGGGGGGGGGGGGGGGGGGGGAGGGGGGGGGGGGGGGGGGAGGGGGGGGGGGGGGGGGGGGGGGGGGGGGGGGGGGGAGGGGGGGGGGGGGGGGGGGGGGGGGGGGGGAGGGGGGGGGGGGGGGGGGGGGGGGGGGGGGGGGGGGGGAGGGGGGGGGGGGGGGGGGGGGGGGGGGGGGGGGGGGGGGGGGGGGGGGGGGGGGGAGGGGGGGGGGGGGGGGGGGGGGGGGAGGGGGGGGGGGGGGGGGGGGGGGGGGGGGGAGGGGGGGGGGGGGGGGGGGGGGGGGGGGGGGGAGGGGGGGGGGGGGGGGGGGGGGGGGGGGGGGGGGGGGGGGGGAGGGGGGGGGGGGGGGGGGGGGGGGGGGGGGGGGGGGGGGGGGGGGGGGAGGGGGGGGGGGGGGGGGGGGGGGGGGGGGAGGGGGGGGGGGGGGGGGGGGGGGGGGGGGGGGGGGGGGGGGGGGGGGGGGGGGGGGGGGGGGGGGGGGGGGGGGGGGGGGGGGGGGGGGGGGGGGGGGGGGGGGGGGGGGGGGGGGGGGGGGGGGGGGGGGGGGGGGGGGGGGGGGGGGGGGGGGGGGGAGGGGUCGAGGCGGUUUUCCGUGGUCGGUGA